AUGGCGGCACAUGUUGCAGGCAUAGUUUCAAAAAAGCUACUGAAGGAGUCAGCUGAAAAUAGAUUUGGACAAGAUGAUCCAUACUUUGAAUCAGUACCCGCGACAAACCUCUUGGGACGUCCGACAACAGAAAAGAAGCGAAAGGCCGCACCGGAAGGCAUAUCGACCCACGAUGCGAAGGUGUUGACAAAAGUGAAACGGCGCGCAUAUAGAUUGGACCUCUCUCUUUGCAAUUUUUGCGGAAUACGUUUCGGGUGGAGCAGUGUCAUAGGCUUAGUUCCAGCGAUCGGCGAUGCGCUCGAUAUGUUCAUGGCCCUGAUGGUGGUGGCGAGCUGUAACAAAGUCGAAGGUGGUCUCCCCGCUGGUGUUCGAAUGCGGAUGCUUUUGAAUGUUGUUUUCGACUUUGUCGUGGGCUUGAUCCCCUUCAUCGGCGAUAUUGCGGACGCUAUGUAUAAGUGCAACACCCGAAACGCAGUCCUUCUGGAACAGUUCCUUAAGAAACGGGGAGAUGAGAACCUGCAGCGAUCAGGGUUACGGCUCCAUGAGCGGCGAACAGAUCCAAGUCCGGAGAGACAAUUGAACACGCGAGGAUCAGGACGACAGACUACCCCGCCACGAGAUUAUUCGCCGGCUCGACCGCAGCCUGCCCGUGUUCAAACAGAACGGCCAUCGAGGAAUCCUGCACGAGUUCACGCUGACAAAUCGUCAAGGAACCCUAUCUCUUCCCCUGGGCGCAAAAGGGAACCAGAUCUAGAAAUGGGCAGGAUGUAA